AAUAUCCCAAAUGUCAAACUUUAACCAUAAUUAAAUCAAUGUCAACCAUCCCGAUUAUUUGGAAACAUAAAAAUUCUCGAUAAAAAUAUGCCUUAAAAAUGGACUGCAUACAGAAAUACCAAAUUGAAAACUUCACAAGCAAGGUCGAGGACACAAUAGAGCUGAGCAAUGGUGGGGGCGAGCUGAUGUGCCGGCGGGAGGCGGCACUUCCACUGGAGGGUGCCAGGAGCCUGGAGUCAGUGCUGGGCGCGCGGGGGCGGCUGGCGCGGCGGCCCAGCACGCCGCUGCCGGCGCCGGGGGGGUGGGGCGCGGGGCGGUGGGGCGGCAGUGGGUCGGACGUGACGGUGGCGCGGCUGCGGGACCUCCCCGGCGACGGACCGCACCGCCCCGCCAGCCCCUCGCUUAUAAACCUCGCCACCUUCGUCCUGCGUCCACCCAAGUACGAGGACCUCGUGCCCGUCUCCUCCUGGGACAAGGAGAAGGAAGAACCCACCGUCGAGCCACUAGUGGUGGACCUCCCGCCUGUCGCUGCCGCCUGCAGCCACCGCGACCAGCGCUGCCUGUGCCCCAAGAACAGCGACGUCAUCUCCAACCCAGACAGGAAGUCCAAGUUUGCCCGGUUCCUGCGGCUGUACUUCUGUCCUUGUUGCACGUGCUUGUACGAGAUGGAACAGAGCAGGACGGCGGAGGGGCGCGCGCCAUGCCCCGCCGCCGCUGCCGAGGCGCUGGGUCCACAAGCUUCACAACCAAGUCCGGUGCAGUCAUAGUGAGCCGUUUCGUUUAAAUUACAUUGUGAAUUUUGUUAUAUUUAAAAUUAAUUCCAGAUUUUAUGCAUAAAAUUAUAAAUACAUUUAAAACCG